AGUCUGUUGUGCUACCUUAUAUUGCCAAAUCCUUUUAAGAACUCCUUUCUUAUUCCUUGUGCUUUUUAGGUCAUACUAUCCCAGCAUGGGCAUGAGCAGCCUGAAAUUGCUGAAAUAUGUCCUAUUUAUCUUUAACUUGCUCUUUUGGGUCUGUGGCUGUUGCAUUUUGGGCUUUGGUAUCUACCUCUUGGUCCAAAACACCUAUGGAGUGCUCUUCCGUAACCUGCCCUUCCUGACACUGGGAAAUGUCCUCGUCAUCGUGGGCUCCAUUAUCAUGGUAGUUGCCUUCUUGGGCUGCAUGGGCUCAAUCAAGGAAAACAAGUGCCUGCUUAUGUCGGUGAGUCCUUGCAGCAGCUGUGAUAGUCUGAGCUGGGGGAGAUGGUGUCUCAAGUCUAGGGUGACACAUUUCAUGUUAGGUUACUUUUGGAUGACAUAUACAAUUAAAGAGCAGAGAGGACAGGAAG